AUUAAACAAUGUGGCCUCUGCAAAGUUUAGCUUUAUUUUCAUGUUUAGGAGCUCUUCAAGUGCACAGUAUCAGACUGCGGCUUGAGCACUUUUAUGUCAAAUCUUUUGUACCAGAUGAUAUGUUCGCGGAGUAUGACAUUGUCGACUAUGAGAAAAUCAAUGUGAAUCUCACAGUUCAAGUGCCCUUUCCUGGCAAGCUUCUCAUCCACAUUUUCGUAAGGAAGCUGUCAGAUCAAGUUGGUGGUUCGAACUACUUCGAUCUGAUUCGCAUGACGAACAAGGAUCUCUGCAAGCUCCUCGAUUCACUUCGCAAUAUUACAGUGGAGGAAAUUCCGGGCGAAAGCCUUUUGCCCUCGACUUUUGUUGUCUCAUGUCCUUUGGUUCCAGGCUUCUAUUUUGUUGAGAAUGGCGUUAUUGAUUCCAAACUGGUUCCUUUCCGCAUUCCCGAUGGCAGAUACAUGGUACUUUUUGAGCUGAUACAAGUCUACGAGGAAGUUAUGAAGCUGAUUUCAUGCAGAAUCAAGUUUUCCAUUAAGACACCACCUGGAUACACGGAACCAUCGCUGUUUAAAAAUAGCGAGGAAAAUAAAGCGACUGAGAAGCCAGUAGAGAAAACCGAAGAAGCAAGUACAGAGGUUACUCAGUCGAAAGAGGAUAGUUCGGAAGUAUCAAACGAUUACGAAUAA